AACUGGGGCGUGGGCGAGCCGUGCGCGAACAACUGGCACGGCGUCGUGUGCACCGGCGGGCGGGUCACGCAGCUCAACAUGAACCUGAACAACGUGGCGUGCUGGGGCGAGCUCAACUUGACGGCUCUCGCGAAGCUGGACGAGCUGCUGUACCUGGACAUGUCCGAUAACCUCUUCUCCGGAGAGAUCCCCGACGAGCUCUUCUCCAUGACCAAGCUGCAGACGCUCGCGCUGUCCUCCAACCGCAUGACGGGCAAGCUGAGCAAGAAAUUCGGCCGCCUGAAGAACCUCCGCCACCUCGACCUGAGCGCCAACGGGUUCCACGGCGCGCUUCCCAAGGAGAUGGGCAAGAUGAAGUCGCUCGAGGUGCUCUACCUGGGCGAAGAAGGGCUGGAGGUGAAGAACAAGUUCACCGGCAAGAUCCCCGAGGCGUGGGUCGGCAUGAAAUCGUUGCAGAGGCUCUCGCUCACGGGUAACUCGGGCGUCAAGGGUAAGUUUCCGACGUGGAUCGGUAAGCUCCAAAACCUCGAGGAGCUCACCCUGUCGAACACCGGACUCCUCGGAGAGAUCCCCGAGUCCAUCGACCAGUGUUACAACCUCCGCACGCUGGACCUGAGCAACAACGGGCUCACGGGGGCGAUACCCGAGGGGAUCACCCGCCUGGGCCGGCUCAAGCAUCUGAAACUGCGCGGGAACAAGCUCGAGGGUGGGGUGCCACCCGGCAUCGCCGAGCUUCGCGAGCUGGAGAGCUUGGACCUGGGGUCGAACAAGCUCACGGGACAGCUUCCGGAGAAGUUCGAGGGUCUGACCAAGCUGGAGUACCUCGACGUGAGCAGGAACAAUCUCAGCGGCGAGCUUCCCAAGGUUCUCCCGCGGAUCCCGUCGCUUCGCGCGGCGCUUCUCUACGACAACUCCUUCGAGGGACAGAUCCCGGGCGACUACUUCACCAAGCUUCCGCUGCUCAUGCACCUUUACUUGGACAGAAACAAGCUCGAGGGCGCGCUCCCCGGCGAGGCCAUGGCCACCGCGAAGAUGCUCAAGGAGUUUCACGCCUCCUUCAACAAGAUCAGCGGCGAGAUUCCCAAAGAUAUCGGCCGGUUGCCCCGGCUCGCGUCCCUCCAGCUGCGAAGGAACCAGCUCGUCGGCGAGAUACCCCCCGAGCUCGGCGACUGCCCCGAGCUCGCCAGACUGGACCUCAGCGAGAACAAACUGAGCGGACGCAUCCCCGCGGCGUUGGCGAACGCCACGGACCUCGCCGAGAUCCGGCUCGGCGUCAACAGGCUCGACGGGCCCAUCCCGAACGAGCUCGAAUCCCUCGAGCUCCUCCGCGCGCUCGUCGUGAACAACAACAAACUCACCGGGCCGAUUCCGCCGUGGCUGGGCACGCACCCGUGCCUCCGCGACAGCGACCUGAGCGGCAACAGGUUCCACGGG